AUGGAUAACAAAUGUCAGGACCUAAUCAUCUACUACCAAAAUACAAGAGGACUACGAUCUAAAACAACGGAGUUCUUUAAUAAUGUUCGUGCAAGUGAUUAUGACAUAAUAGGCCUGACAGAGACGUGGCUCACAGAUGGUGUAUGCAGCAGCGAAUUAUUUGGAGCGGAUUACACAGUAUUUAGAAGAGAUCGUGAGAGUUCAUGUUCACAAAAAAGUGAUGGUGGUGGUGUGUUAAUCGCGGUAAAAAAUGUCUUCAACUCAAAACGCUGUUGUGAACUCGAAUCUGAUGCUGAAGAUCUUUGGGUAUCAAUUGAACAUAUGAACGGUACCAAAUUAUUUAUAAGCUGUAUAUAUUUACCACCUAAGAAUAGCAUUUCAUAUGCCUCAGUUGUAAGCAAAUUAUACCAGAAUGAAGGUUUUUUUCGACAAAAUACGGUGUUGUUGGUUGGUGACUUUAAUCUUCCAAGUGUCAAUUGGCAACCAGUACUUAAUGAACAUUUUAUGGAGGCACUUAAUGUUGAAGAGAAAACGAGUGCCUUACUUGACAUAUUGUCGUAUCUACAGUUAAUGCAAUUUAAUAAAAUUUACAACUCAAAUAACCGUUUAUUAGACUUGAUACUUAGUAACGAAUGUUCAAUAUAUAAUAUUUCGAAUUCGGUUGACAUAUUGGUUCCUGAGGAUAAUCACCAUCCUGCAAUUACAUUUUGUUUUAAGCAUGUUUUACUUAAGCCAUUAAUGCACCAGAGCCGAUGCCUUUACAACUUUAAUAAAGCUGACUAUACUUCCAUACAUAAUACUCUUUUAGACAUAGAAUGGGAAAAAUUAUUUAGUACCAAAUCUGUAGAUGAAGCUGUAGCCAUAUUCUAUAACAUACUCAAUGAAACUACUCACAAAUUUACACCAACAUAUAAAAUUCGAGGAAAAUACCCAAUAUACUUUAAACUUGAAACAAUACAAACAGUUAAGAGAAAAAAUAAGUAUCAUAGACUAUACAAACGUUUUAAUGAUCCAUACUCAUAUCAGAUAUUCUGUGACCUUAGAGCCAAAUCAAAAAUCUUAAUUAAGGAAAACCUGGAUGAAUACAUAACAAUGAUGGAAAACAAUAUAUUGAACGACAGCCGAUACUUUUGGAGAUACGUUUCAAGUAAGAAAAAAUGUCAUGUCUCUAUACCUAGUUCUAUAAAUCAUUCAAACUAUGAAGUUAAAACCGGAAGUGGGGUGUGUAAUGCCUUUGCUGAUUUCUUUGCAAGUGUAUAUGUUAAAUCUAAACAGUUUUAUUUAAACAAGGAUGCUAGUCCUAUUGAUGUUACCUUAAUAUCCAUUGAAGAAAUAUAUCAACAAAUAGUGUCCUUAGAAAUUAAAAAAUCAGUAGGCCCUGACGGCAUACCUUCUGUAUUUAUAAAAAACUGUUCCGCUAGCUUAUGUUUACCACUUCACCUAAUUUUCAAACUAUCAUUAACUCAAAGAGUCUUUCCAACGAGAUGGAAAGAAGGUGAAAUAUUGCCUAUUCAUAAAGGAGGAGAUAGACAUCUUGUGGAAAAUUAUCGACCUAUCACUAAACUUUGUAUUUUCUCAAAAAUUUUUGAAAAGCUGAUUUAUGAUGCUAUCUUAAACAUUACAAAAAAUAUCAUUACGGAACACCAGCAUGGAUUUUUCCCUAAAAGAUCUGUAGAGACGAAUUUGAUGAGUUUAAUAGAAUAUGCCUCUCACGCAAUAGAUGAGAAACUGCAGGUGGAUGUUAUUUAUACCGACUUCAGUAAGGCUUUCGACAAGAUUGAUCAUUCUAUCUUGAUGGAGAGACUUGCUGAGGUGGGUGUAGAUGGUCCAUUGUGGCAGUGGCUAGCAAUGGUUAUCGUUCGGAGACAUUCUUAG